CUCAUCCCCCGGUCGGAUAAGUCACAGUGGACUGGAUCGGCGAGAUUAACCCAAAUAUCCGUCAUUGGUCCGUGACAACGCUCCUUGUCUGUCGUGUGUAAUAUGCGUUAAAUCGCAGACAGGCGACGCCAUGGACUUCUACAUCAACCUGAAGGUGAAUUUCAGGGGAAAUUCCAAGAAUUUCCUCCUGUCGGGAUCUGAGACCAAGAGCUGGGAGUCGAUGGAGGCCAUGGUAAAGCGUUCCUUUGGCCUGUGCAGCCUUCAGCUGACCUAUUUUGACGAGGAGAACGAGGAGGUAUCCAUCAACAGUCAGGUGGAGUAUGAGGAGGCAUUGAAGAGUGCAGCGAGGCAGGGAAACCGACUGCACAUGAACGUGUAUGAGACUCGAGGUCAGUCUGCGAGGGUCCCCGCCACCAAGGCCAGUGGAGCAGAGCCCAAGCGAGGCUUCAGACCACCACAGCACUGCCCCACCCUGGCCCAGGUAGUCAGCCGCAAGGUCCAGGCUGCAGUGCCAGAACAGGGCAUGGUGAUCAUGAAAGAAGUGAAAGGCACCAAAGAAGAAGACAAGACUCCUCCAGCGUGGUUCACCUCCUACAUGGAGAAGUUUAAGGACCAGGUGGUUCGGGAGGCAGUGGAGAAGAUCUGCAGGGAGUUCUCUGGACAGUGCUGCAUCCACAAGCCCCUCGGAGUGGGAGGGGCAGCAGGUGGAGCAGGAGGAGGUAGAGGGGAAGCAGUAGGUGGGGCAGAGGCACAGCAGGUUCCUGAGGUGUCUUCUGCCCUCCCUGGAGCACCAUCCUCCUCCACUCCUCCCUGCUCCUCCUGCAGGGGACAGACCACCGGAGGAGGCUACCAGUGCAGUGUGUGUACAUCCUGUACUCUGUGCGAGCCCUGCAGUUUCUCUCAUGAUCCCAGUCACAACCUGGUGAGAGCGAGGACUCCUCUGUCCAUCCCCGAACACGGAUCACCUGCCCCUGACCACAGCAAGUUCUACAGGCGAGGUGACCGCAGUUUCAGGAAGGCGGAGAAGCAGCGACUGAAAGCAGAGAAACGUCUGCUUAAAGCCGAGGUCAAAGAGAUCCGCAAACAGCUGAGGAUGGAGAGGCGGGGCAUACAGUGGAGCUCUUCCCACAGAGAUGGAAGCUCCUCCCCUGUCCUUCUGCAGCCUCGAGCCACCCAGCACAACAGCCCAGAGCGUCCAAAGCGUCCCUGUCCACUGGUGGUUCCAACCAUGACGGCUGCAUUUCUGGAUGAGAACCUUCCUGAUGGAACCCGACUGCGUCCUGGGACUAAGUUUAUUAAGUACUGGAAGAUGAGGAACACUGGGACUAUCAGCUGGAGUGCUGAAACUAAGUUGAAAUUCAUGUGGGGGAACCUAGCGGUGGGAUCUGGGGACCGUUGGAGAGAAGUGUCUGUUCCCUUCCUUCAGCCAGGACAGGUUGGAAUAGUGAGCGUAGCUCUGUGUGCUCCUUCUGUGGAGGGCUCCUACACCUCCCACUGGCGCCUGGCCCACGCUGGGGAGCAGUUUGGACCGAGGGUGUGGUGCAGUAUCGUGGUUGACCCUCUGGCCCCUGCACCCAUGAUGGCUGAUGGGAUACUGGUGUCACCCUGUGUCACACCACAGGGUAAGAACCCAGUGGCCAAGGAUGGAAAAGCCUGCACAGCUUCUAGAGAGCAGCCUUUAAUGUCAGUGGACCAGGAAGAGUACUUCAUCCCCUCUGUAGACCUGCUCACUGCACAGGAUCUUCUCUCCUUUGAGCUGCUAGACAUCAACAUCGUUCAAGAGUUGGAGAGUGUCCCAAACAACACCCCUGCUGACAUGACUCCCUGCAUAUCCCCUCUUCCUCAAGAUGGCCUCCUGCAGGACAAGAGCAGUCCGUCUUUGGGUCUGAUCCAGGAAGAGACAGAGGUCAUCAACAGCAUCAUGGUGGCACGUCCAGCUGCUCAGGGUGGCUCUUCCUCCUCCUCCUCCUGCGUGAAGAGCAAAACACUGAAAACAGAGGAGACUCCAGACAGUAACCCCAGCAGUUCCAACAACACCCUUAAACCACCGGCUACACUGAAGGCUUCCCUCCCUUACCCACUGAAAGCAUCCCUACCUGCUCCCAUGUCUGUGGCUCUGACCCCAGGGCCUGGCCCCAACUCGGCACCAACCCUGCUUCCUGCUUCAGCCAGGGCCUCCACAGCCACAGAUGAAGUUGAAGAGUCCCACAUGGAGAGCAUCUGUGUCGAGCCCAGGGUGAAGGAGACGGAGAAGGAGCCAGAGGAGGAGAAGGAGAACGAAGGAGGGGAGAAGAGAGAAGGGAGGCGAAGUCGCUCCUCCUCCACCUCUUCAGAAGAUUACAUCAUCAUCCUCCCUGAUUGCUUUGACACCACCCGACCACUGGGGGAGUCCAUGUACAGCUCUGCUCUGUCCCAGCCUGGUGACAUCACAGCCAAGUCCCCCACAGACCCUGAUACUCCGACUUCUGACCUUACUGACCAUCCAGGCAGUACUGCUGAGGACAGAGGAGUAGCUGAGGCAAAUGAAGCUGCUUCAGCUUCAGGGACAGAGUUGUCGGGCACCAGCAGUGCCAAUGACAUGCUUUGUACAUCUCAAACGCUAGAUGAUGAGCCACUGACACCUGAAGUGGUGGCCCCACCUAAAGCCACCGUCACACCAAGUCCAGAGAGCAGUGGAGAAACAGAUGCUGACGAUGCUGCUGCUGCUGCUGCUGCUGCUGCUGCUAGUGCUAGUGCUGCUGCUGGGGAAGGAGUCGAGGGUUGUGAAUUGUACCAAACUGAGGAUGCAUCUGGUCCUGAACAGACUCAGAUAGAUGAAACCAGAGAUACUGAGGGCACAGAAGACAACCCUGAGGACCCCAGGCACCCAGGCAUCACCAGCGGCCUGGUGAAGGGAGCUCUGUCAGUAGCUGCUUCUGCUUACAAAGCUCUGUUCACUGGACAAGGCCCCACACAGCCUCCAGUGGACUCGUCUACCCAGGACACCAUGAUGGCCGUGCUGGUGGAGAUGGGCUUUGGGGACCGGUCACUGAACCAGCGGCUGCUGAAGAAAUAUAACUACAACCUGCUGGACGUGGUCAACGAGCUCGUUCAGAUGACCGACAAUGACUGGUACUCCACACGCUACUGACAAAGGAGACGAAGAUGUGCAGGAAGAAGUAAAAAGAAGAUGGAGAUGAAACACAAGUAAUGCUAAAUGAAGAAAGAGGAAGAAAGAUGGGAAGAAGGAAAUCAAUUUCUGCUCAUUUACCUUUACCUUCAUCUUUCAGCCAAUCUCUUUUCUAACUGGUCCAGUUAAAUUGAGAGCAUUCUCCUCUGUAUAACAAUAUACAGGGAAACAUUCCAGCAAGCAUCUCUGCAAUCCUGCAUUACAUCAUCAAUCACCCACUGUCUGUGGUAUUACUGUCAGUGUUGGCCUUUAUAGUGGCAGGGUGGUUCCUCUGCUGACCAAUCUAAAUUAGCUAUUCAUAGCAUUUCCGAAGGUUAGGACCACAUAUCCCAUGCCACCAAGGGGAACGUUGUUCUGCUUGAUUAAAGCAGGAAGUAAAGAAGCAAACAUGAAGUUGUGUUAUGUUCCAAAACUAACCAGGUCCAACAAUCACAUUUAAUGGGACGUUUAGGUAAAAACACCAACAUCAGUAUAAAAACGAUGAUAAUUAUUAGUUAGUAUUGAAAUGCCACACACAGCACCUUUCUACUGUCCUCUUUUUCCCGGGACUGUGAUAAAUAACAUAUAUCAAAUAUUGCAUCUGCAUUGAUAACAAAAGUUACUUUUGUCAGAGAAUGUGUACACAUGCUAGUUAGUCAUAGAUUGAAAAUCCACAUUAAGUUUAUUGUUUACUGUAUAUCAAACUGCAUUAAGUCUUAAUACAAUGCUUUUAACAAGGCAUCCUGGGUGCUUGAUGGUUCCCCUUCUGUCAUUUGGCUUUGCCUGAUCUGCUACCCUAAACUGAUGGGCGUCAUCAUAGUUAAAUAAAAAUCCAGUCCCACUAGAGAGCGGCUCACUUUUCUGCAUGUCCUUGCAAAAAAUGUAGUUGUCACUUUUCAAAGGGAUUGUUAAUAAACUACUGUAGCUGGCAAACUAAUGGCUAAUGCCAUCACAACAACCCUCCUAGUUAAUGGGAAAAACACAAAAGUCAUAUAUGGACUCGCAUUAAAGUUCCACAAAAUUAGAUUUGACACAAACAAUCUGACUAUAAGUGAAUCCUCCGAUUCCAUUCGUUCUUUUGAAAUUAACUGAUUUCACAUUCUGAAUGCUGGUGUGACUGGGUGUGUAGGUUUUAGGCAUGGAUCUGGUUUAGGUUGGUCAUUGCCAAAUGUAAUUUAUUAGAAACUGUCUGUCUCACUGUGACGUCAUCUGCAUCCAUGCAUCAUCGUGUGUUUAACGUAGAUGCGGAAUGCUCAUAGAGGUGGGGUAUGGCCACAGCCUUACAUUAGCCAGGCAAACCAUUGGUUAGUAAUAGUCCAAAUAAGCAAAGAUUUAGCUUAUGUGCUUGGCUAGAUUCACUAGGUUUGAGAGAUGUGGACAUGCAGACGGUUUCUGUCUCUGUUCUAUCUCUGUGCAGCACUAAUCUACCCCUUGUUGACAAUAUUUUUUGAUAUAUAUAUCUAUAUAUCUGAAUC